AUGGUCAACUGGUCCAAUGUGGACGGACGCACACCUUGCAAACAGGACCAACUAAGCAUAUCCGUGGUCGUCUGGGGAGAAUACAACGCCCCAAGGAACAACUGUAAAUUACUGGCUCGCAAAGACAAGAGCGAUUGGCAAGCUUCAACGGUUACUCGUUCUACGAUAAACCUCAAACCGUUGCACAAACUCGUCAGCCGACAGGUCAAGUAG